AUGGGUGACUAUCCACGUCCAGGCUGGAAAGAAGAUCUCGCCUACCUCCUCGAAGAAGGUAUCAAAGUCAGCCUCGUCUACGGCGACCGCGACUACGCCUGCAACUGGUAUGGCGGCGAAUUGCUCUCCCUCGCCAUACCCUACGCAAACGCAUCCUCGUUUGCCAGCGCCGGAUAUGCCCCCGUCGUUGUGAACGACACCUACAUUGGCGGUCAGGUCCGGCAAUACGGUAAUCUCUCUUUUACUCGCGUCUACGAAGCUGGCCACGAAGUCCCCGCUUACCAGCCUGAGACUGCCUAUCGAAUCUUCCAACGCGCCCUGUUUAAUCGCGAUAUCGCAACUGGUAACACCUCGACGCUGGAUAUGCCGGACUACAGCACUGUCGGGCCAAGCGAUAUAUCCAAUAUCACGAAUGAGCCUGUUGUUGACCCCGGGUCGCAGUGCUACGUGUUGGAUCGCGGACAGUGUACGGAUGAGCAGUGGGAGACGGUUAUGAAUGGGAGUGCGUUGAUUAAGAAUUGGAUUGUUGUGGAUGCGAAUACGAGUAGUUUGUUUCCGGACUUGGUGGGUGGGAAUCACACGGUGAAUGGGAGUGUGCCGUCUGGGACAGGGAGCUUGGGGCCUGUGUAUACGGGUGGUGCUGGUGGGUUUGGGGUAGCGAGUGCAAGGGGGGUGGUUGGUUUGGCUGUGCUGGUGGGUGGGGUGGGGUUAUUGUAG